UCCCUCACCCUUGGGUAUGAGAUCUGUCACCUGACUCGGCUCAAACAUGGCUGCGCUGGAAGCUCUACUGCCUUGGCGGCCAGGAGUAGAAGGAGCUUCACGAAUGAGAAAAUUGACUAUGUAUUCUGCGUAAUUCAUCUCCUGUGUCUCCCUGCACUCUGUGCUGGGAAAAUGCUGCAUCCAUUUGGAAAAGAGGAAACUGCUUCCCAGAAGCAGCUUUUUGGAUUUUUCUGUGAGUGCCUUCGGAGAGGAGAAUGGGAGCUGGCACAGGCAUGUUUACCUCAGCUCCAGGAGGCACAUGGGGAUAUCCCAAAGAAGGUAGAAGAUAUACUUCAGGCUCUGGUGGUGUGUCCAGAUCAGCUGAGAUGUGGACAGGACAUCAACCCUCAAAGAUUAGCCUGGGUCUGGCUUCUUGUACUAGAAGAAUGGUUGGCCCGAGAAAAGAAGUUACUCCCAGCUGUUUUCCGGAGAAAGCUUGAGUUUCUUUUAUUAUCAGAGAACCUCCAAGGUGACAUUCCAGAGGACAUCCUCAAGGAGCUAUAUGAAGCCUUCACACAAGGUGCAGUGGACCCUCAGCUUGACAGAAAUCAGAGGCAGGAGAGCCGGACCCCCCAGCUCAGCUCAGAAGCUAUCUCUGUGCUCUGGGAUCUGCUGAGGCACGCUCCCCAGCCAGCACAGGCCCUUUUGGAGCUCUUGCUUCGGGAGGAUGGCAGCACCAGCCUCAGUAGCUGUCCUCUGCAGAAGGCAUUGGUGGACCUCAUUCGAAAGGCACUGCGAGCUUUGCACAGCCCUGCCACCAGGACCCCUGGCAUAGUAGAUGCCAUCUACAGAGCCCUGCGGGUGCUGCAUUGCCCUGCAGAGCCGCUUGGGGUGGAGCUGCAGCUCCUGUGUGAGGAACUACUGGAGGCCUGCAGGACCCCAGGGAGUUCCCUGCAGGAGGAGCAGCUGCUCAGCUGCCUGCUGCACAAGGCUGGUCGGAGCCUGGUGUCCCUAUAUGGCCAUACCUAUGCAGAGAAGUCCACAGAAAAGCCACUGAAGGCCACACCCUCGGGAAAAGUCUCGCCAGACCAUCUAGAUCUGGACCGGGUAAUGGUUACCCUGUUCUCCAAUUGUGACCCAGCCCAGGCUUGGAAAGCGGCCUGUUUCUACUGCCUGGACAGCAGCAAACACUUCCUGGAGCAGAUCCUGGUGACAGCAUUGACACUGUUGAAGGAGGAAGACUUCCCAAGUCUUGGCUGCCUGCUAGAUAGAGAAUUUAGGCCCCUCAGUCGACUGCUCGUGCUUCUGGGCUGGACACACUGCCAGAGCCUAGCAUCAGCGAAGAGACUGCUCGAGACCCUCCACAGGAACCAGGACCAAGGCUGUGACAAGCUCCUGAGGGAUGCCUGUGAUGGGCUGUGGGCCCACCUGGAGGUCCUGGAGUGGUGCGUACAGCACAGCAGCAACCCCAUACCAAAGAGAGACCUCCUGUGUCAUUUACAUGGAGGAGACAGCCACUCAGUGCUCUACUCUCUCCAUCACCUUACAAACCUCCCAGCCCUCAGGGAGGAAGAUGUUCUCAAGCUUUUACAGAAUCUGCCAACCAAGGACCCCCAGGAAGAGCAUGAUUCAGCUGAUGCCCCCGUUGUCCCAGUCUCUGAGCACCUGAGCCAGUGUCAAAACCUGACUCUCUACCAGAGCUUCUGCGCCAUGAAGUAUGCCAUCUAUGCCCUCUGUGUAAACUCGCACCAGCACUCCCAGUGCCAGGAACACAAAGACGGUCCCUCUGAGGACCUGGCCUCCGCUGCAGAGCCAGUGAAUGAUUCUCUCUCCUCCCCAGGUGCCUCAUACCUCUUCUCAACAUACCUGGCCAGAUGUCAACAAUAUCUGUGUGAUAUUCCUGACUCUUUGUGCCUGGAACUUCUAGAAAACAUCUUCUCACUGCUCCUCAUCACCUCUGCUGAUCUUCACCCAGAGCCUCACUUGCCCGAGGACUGUGCUGGGGAUGACGACGUUCAGGGGAAAGGCCUGCUGAAUUUGAGGUCCCUAUCAGAGAGCCCUCAGCACGUAGCACAGACUGAUUGGAAGUCACAGAAGGGUUCCCUGGGAGUCCCCAGGAGCCUUGCUCAUUCAAUUCCAAGCUGUUUGAAGACUGAGCUAAAAGGCAGUUCCCCAGAACCUCACAGGCACAAUUUUUUGGACCUAAAGCAUUUUACUUAUGGUAUCAGUGGGUUCCUGGCUGAUGAAUUCGCAGUAGGGGCCUUCCUCAGGCUUCUCCAGGAGCAGCUGGAUAAGCUCAGCAGCCACAGCCCCUCUGAGAAACCAAAGCUGCUGGAAGGCCAGAGCUGCUUGGGAAGCAGAGAUGGACUGCAGAGCCGCCUGCACCAGUUUUCCAAGGUUCUCUCCGAGGCCCAGUGGAGAUACAAGGUGGUAACAAGCAACCAAGGCUCAGAGGAGCAAGCUUCCCAAAGAUACCGACCCACUGCCACAUGGCACCACAGUCUCUGCCAGGGUCAUCGGACAAGAAGGAGGUGGGCAGAUGGCCGGGACAGAGGUUCCAGUACAUCCGUGGAGAGUAUAAGUAGUGAGCUGAGCACAAGUACUUCAGAAGGAAGCCUGAACACUGUGUCUGGAAGGAAUGAGCUAGAUGGCCAAUUGCAGCCCCAACCUCAAAAUUCACUCAUCCCCAUGAUGUUCUCCCCACCUGAGUCACUACUGGCAUCCUGCAUCCUGAGGGGGAACUUUGCAGAAGCCCAUCAGGUGGUGUUCAUGUUCAACCUGCAGUCCUCACCCAGCUCAGGGGAACUGAUGUUCAUGGAGCGCUACCAGGAAGUGAUCCAGGAGCUGGCCCGAGUAGAGCACAAGAUUGAAAAUCAGAGCUCAGAUGGGGGUAGCAACACCACUCGAAGAACAGGCAGUGGCCGCUCGACUCUACAGGCCAUCGGCAGUGCAGCAGCAGCAGGAAUGGUAUUUUACUCCAUCUCUGACGUGACUGACAAGCUGCUCAGCACCUCCGGAGACGCCAUCCCCACACUGCAGGAGGACUUCUGGAUAAGCAGUAGCCUGGGGGAGCCCACUGCUUCCCUGAGAGAAGUUCUAGAAGACCUCAGUUCCCCUGCCAUGGUUGCGUUUGACCUAGCUUGCUCUCAGUGCCAGCUCUGGAAAACCUGCAAACAGCUCUUGGAAACGGCUGAACGACGUCUGAACAGUAGCCUUGAGAGCCGGGGUCGACGGCUAGACCAUGUACCCCUCCAUGCUGAUGGCAUUCGCGGCUUCCCAGUGGUUCUUCAGCAAAUCAGUAAGAUUCUCAACUUCCCGUUUACCUCAGCUGGACAAUCUAAAUCAGAGAGUGUGGAAGAAAAAGGAGGCGGGCCUCCGAGGGGCAGCAUUGCUGAGCUGCUUCAGAUGUGCUGGCCCAGCCUAACUGAGGACUGUGUGGCCAGCCACUCUAGCCACUCCCAGCAGCUGGAUCAGGUCCUUCAGUCACUGAGAGAAGCACUAGAGCUGCCAGAGCCCAGGAGUACUCCGCUUUCCUCACUAGUGGAGCAGGCAACCCAGAAAGCUCCGGAGGCAGAGGCCCACCCUGUGCGCAUCCAGACUCAGCUCCUGCAGAAGAACCUGGGCAAACAGAUCCUAGCAGGCAGCAGCCAGACUAACUACCUGGGCACCUUUCUCAGUUACUGCAGCACCCUGGCUGCAGUUCUCCUUCGGAGUUUGAGCUCAGAGCCUGAUCAUGUGGAGGUCAGGGUAGGAAAUCCUUUUGUUCUCCUGCAGCAAAGCUCUUCCCAACUGGUGUCACACCUCCUGCUUGAGAGACAAGUUCCCCCAGACAGGCUGGCAACGCUUCUAGCUCAAGAAGGUCUUAGCGUGAGCAUGCCAAAGGUCAUCGUCAGCUGCUGCUGUGAGCCCCUUGCCCUUUGCUCUUCCCUGCAAAGCCAACAGACAUCAUCCCUUCUCACCCAUCUGCAUACUCUCGCCCAGCUGCACAAGUCCCACUACCUAGAGGACCUCCCACUUUCUACUCUGAGCUCCCCAAAGCCAACAGAGAAUCCCACGUUAGAGAGAAAGCUCCCCUCCUCCCUAAGAGACUCAUCACCCCUGGCCCUUACCUCCUCCACCUUGGCCUUCCUUAAGUCCCACUCUAAGCUACUGGCUACGGUGGUCUGUCUGAGGGCUUCACGAGGGUCAAAGCUCACCAAGCCCAGCUUGUCAUGGAAGGAGCUUUGUGGACGCAGGGAGGUGCCUCUGGCUGCAGAGCAGGUAUCCCGGGAGUGUGAGCACCUCCUGGAACAGUUCCCUAUGCUUGAGGCUUCCCUCCUAGCUGCCUGGGAACCCCUACGAGGGUCCUCCAAGCAGGGGCAGAGUCUGGCAGCUGGUCUCUGUGGCCAGGCUAGUCUCUCUACUGUCCUCUUGGGCCUGCAUUCUCCCAUUGCCCUGGAUGUGCUUAUCGAGGCCUUCGAGGAAGCCCUGGUAGCCAGAGAUUGGCACCGAGCCCUUCAGCUCAUUGAAGUGUAUGGGCGAGACAUGGAUGACUUGAGCAGCAUAAAGGAUGAAGUCCUGAGCUGUGCUGUAGCAUGUGACAAAGAAGGUUGGCAGUUCCUAUUUCCCGUGAAGGAUGCAUCUCUGAGAAGUCAGCUAACCCUACAGUUUGUGGACAGGUGGCCCCUGGAGUCAUGCCUGGAGAUCCUAGCCUACUGCAUUUCAGACACAACUGUCCAAGAGGGACUAAAGUGUGAACUACAGAAAAAGCUGGCAGAGCUGCAGGUGUAUCAGAAGAUUCUAGGUUUACAGGCUAACCCAGUGUGGUGUGACUGGCAAACCCUGCGGAACUGUUGUGCUGAGGACCCAUCAGCUGUCAUGAACACAAUUCUGGAAGCAAAGGAAUAUGGGUUGUGUGAGGAGUGGGGCUGCCUGUACCCCAUUCCAAGAGAACAUUUAAUCAGCCUACAUCAAAAGCAUCUUCUACACCUUCUAGAAAGAGGAGAUCAUGAAAAAGCUCUCCAACUCCUACAAAGAAUUCCUGACCCCACCAUGUGCCUUGAGGUCACAGAGCAAGCCCUUGACCAGCACCCUAGCUUGGCCACUUCUCAUUUUUUGGCCAACUACCUCACCACCCACUUCUAUGGAGAGCUGACUGCUGUCCGACACCGUGAGAUCCAUGCGCUGUACAUGGGUUCCAAGGUUCUGCUGACCCUUCCUGAGCAGCACCGGGCCAGCUAUUCCCACUUGUCCUCUAACCCCCUACUCAUGCUGGAGCAGCUGCUCAUGAACAUGAAAGUGGAUUGGGCCACUGUGGCUGUACAGACUCUGCACCAGCAGCUGACUGGGCAGAUUGGCUUCACCAUGGAUGAAGUUGACUCGCUGCUUUCCAGAUAUGCGAGAAAAGCCCUGGACUUCCCGUACCCUCUGAGAGAGAAACGAUCGGAUUCUGUGAUUCACCUCCAGGAAAUUGUCAGUCAGGCAUCAGACCUUGAGACCUUGUCUAGAUCACCAUCAGCAGAGUUCUCUUCUGCUACUGCUCCUGGUGUCUCCACUGUUCGUCCCCCCAGUCCGAGGGAAAGGAGCUUCCCACGGGGUCAGCCCCCACUGGAGUUCAUGCCCCCAGCGACUCCCCCAGCCAGGCCCCAGUGGGUACCAGAUGACAGUGAGAGCAUCUGCAUGGUCUGCUGCAGAGAGCGCUUCACCAUGUUUAACAGGCGCCACCAUUGUCGCCGCUGUGGCCGGCUAGUGUGCAGUUCCUGCUCCGCUAAGAAAAUGGUGGUGGAAGGCUGCCGAGAGAACCUCGCACGCGUGUGUGACCAGUGCUUCAGCUACUGCAACAAAGAUGUGCCAGAGGAGAAUCCAGAACAACCACAAGACAGCUCCAGGAGUGAGAGCCCUCCGUACUCAGCUGUGGUGACCGUUCCCAAAGCAGCUGAGGUGGAAUGGAUUUUGGAUCUGAAUGAGGAGGAAAAUGAGCUGGUACGCAGUGAAUUUUACUAUGAGCAGGCCCCCAGUGCCUCCUUGUGCAGUGCCAUCCUGAACCUGCACAGAGACAGCAUUGCCUGUGGCCACCAGCUGAUUGAGCACUGCUGCCAGCUGUCCCAGGGCCUCACCAACCCAGAGGUGGAUGCAGGACUGCUUAUAGACAUCAUGAAGCAGCUGCUCUUCAGCGCCAAGAUGAUGUUUGUCAAGGCUGGCCAGAGCCAGGACCUGGCUCUUUGUGACAGCUACAUCAGCAAGGUAGAUGUACUGAACAUCUUAGUUGCUGCUGCCUAUCGCCACCUGCCAUCUCUGGAUCAGAUCUUGCAGCCAGCUGCAGUAACCAGGCUAAGGAACCAGCUUUUGGAAGCUGAGUACUACCAACUGGGCAUCGAGGUCUCCACCAAGACUGGCCUUGAUCCCACUGGGGCAUGGCAUGCUUGGGGCAUGGCCUGCCUUAAAGCUGGGAACCUCACUGCCGCGCGGGAGAAGUUUAGUCGCUGCCUGAAGCCCCCUCUUGACCUCAAUCAGCUGAGUCACGGCUCAAGACUGGUACAGGAUGUGGUUGAGUACCUGGAGUCCACAGUGAGACCACUCCUCUCCUUGCAAGAUGAUGAUUAUUUAGCUACCUUGAAAGAAUUGGAAGCCACCCUUAGGACCCAGAGCCUCUCUCUGGAGGUGAUUCCUGAAGGGAAGAUCAUGAACAACACCUACUACCAAGAAUGCCUCUUCUACCUGCGUAACUAUAGCACCAACCUGGCCAUCAUCAGCUUCUAUGUGAGGCACAACUGCCUGCGGGAAGCCCUGCUGCAUCUCCUCAACAAGGAGAGUCCUCCAGAACUCUUCAUAGAGGGCAUUUUCCAGCCAAGCUAUAAAAGUGGGAAGCUACACACUUUGGAAAACUUGCUAGAAUCCAUUGAUCCAACCUUGGAGAGCUGGGGAAAGCAUUUGAUUGCUGCCUGCCAACAUUUACAGAAGAAGAACUACUACCACAUUCUGUACGAACUGCAGCAGUUUAUGAAGGACCAAGUCCGGGCUGCCAUGACCUGUAUUCGCUUCUUCAGUCACAAAGCAAAGACAUAUACAGACCUGGGAGAGAAGCUGUCUUGGCUGCUUAAGGCCAAGGACCACCUGAAGAUCUACCUCCAAGAAACCUCCCGCAGCGCUCGAAGGAAGAAAAUCACCUUCUUCCAAAAGAAGAUGGCUGCAGCUGAUGUGUCGAGGCACAUGAACACGCUUCAGCUGCAGAUGGAAGUAACCAGGUUCCUACAUCGGUGUGAAAGUACCGGGACCUCUCACAUCACCACCUUACCUUUGCCAACCCUGUUUGGAAAUAACCACAUGAAAAUGGAUGUUGCCUGUAAGGUCAUGCUAGGAGGGAAAAAUGUAGAAGAUGGCUUUGGAAUUGCAUUCCGUGUUCUACAGGACUUCCAGCUGGACGCUGCCACGACCUACUGCAGAGCUUCCCAGCAGUUGGUAGAGAGGGAGAAAUACAGUGAGAUCCGACAACUAGUCAAGUGUGUCAUCGAGUCAGGCAUGGCAGCCAGAAGUGAUGGCGACACGAUCCUCCUCAACUGCCUGGAAGCGUUCAAGAGAAUUCCACCACAGGAGCUGGAGGGCCUGAUCCAGGCAAUACACAGUGAUGACAAUAAGGUUCAGGCCUACCUGACAUGUUGCAAACUGCGUUCAGCCUACCUGAUAGCUGUGAAGCAGGAGCACUCACUGGCCACAGCCCUCGUCCAGCAGGUGCAGCAGGCCGCCAAGAGCAGCGGUGAUGCAGUAGUGCAAGACAUCUGUGCCCAGUGGCUUUUGACAAGCCAUACCCGGGGUGCUCACGGCUCAGGCUCCAGGAAGUGACCGUGAGCAGCAGGGCCUGAGAACGACAGGACGGGAGCGAUGGAGAUGAACUCCACUUCUUCCUCCUGUGCAGAGGGAUGUCUCUGGCUCUGCCCCAGGUCGGAAAGAGCUGGAUUGGACCUUCUUACCAUCUUGGGCAAGGAUAGGCCCUUUCACUCAAGUGCCAUGUUUCUGUAAAAUUGUGGAAUCUGUGUGUUUGAAGUUGGCCAGUUCUUCCUACCUCAGAGUGAGUGAGUUUGUGUGCAUACUCCUGUGCACUCAUGUUUACGCCCAGCAUUUCCGAACAAAUCAAACUCUCCCCACUGUACAGAGGCACUUUACUUUAGACUUCUGCAACUCUAAAAACCUUCCCUGCGUUUUGGUUCUUAACCCGGGUCAUCCUGUUUGUACACAGUCCCCUCCAUGUGGAGAUGCUCCAGUAGCUCCUGGUAACUAAGGAUUUUACAGAGAAUUUUAGAGCAGCACCACAGAGAUUGCCUCCUUCCCUUUCCUUGCAUUCCAGAAAUUCAGAGAUGGCUCUGGGGCAAGUGCUUCCUGUGGAAUGAAACUGUUCUGGGUCUCCUGCCACAAGCACAGGGAGUUACCAGGAGUUUGGAAGAGUCUGAACAGAAGGGUCCUCAGGUGCUGGCAUCUGAAAGCUGUGGCUGCAUGCAGGUGGUCCAGCCCCUGCCCACAGUAGCAGGGGCGCCAUUGCAUUCAUCCAGUGUGGAGAGCAAGGCCAACUUCUCCAAACAAGUUGGUGGGGGGACUUGCUAACAGGCCCAGGGUGUUUUGUGAAUAUCCCUGCUGCAGAAUAAAAGAAUGUGGUUCCUUCUUUGAGAGGCUGGGAAGAGAAAUGGCAACCAGGAUUCUGGGGCUGAAUGGCUAGACUUUGCCUGCUUGGGUUACCCUUAAAUUGGUUAGGGAACUACUCCCUCUUCUCUUCUGCUUCUCUACAGUCUCCCCAGACUGCAGGAUGGAUAUGCAAAGAUCGAGCAUCAUUAAGAAGGUAAUACACUUCUUUGUCUUAACAGAGAGAGUCAAGGGUGGGCUUCCAGAGAGAAGCCCAGGAGAAUGAGGGGGAAAUGAAUAGGUGUUGGAAAACUAGGUGAAGUACUCCUUAAAAAUGCACUGGCUUGUUUUCCCAACCCAAGAUGUGACAGUGUUUCAGAAAAGGUCUGUUGUGCCCAUUGACUUGGAUUUGCAAAUAAGGAGCCUAAGAAAAGCUCUGCAGCCCUGAGCUUCCCACCAGCUAGAGCUCAGCCUGUUGAUGUCACAUUUGCUGUGGAGACAAACCAGAAGAGGAAGCCAAAGUCAGUAUCUCUGGUGCUUAGAAACCCUGUGGAUUUCGCUCUGAAGCAAGUGUUCGAUUGUAAGAUGAACAACUAUUAUGGGCAUCUGUGAGAUGCAGAGUUUUAGUCCUCUUGGAGAGGACAAAGACUGCAAGGGAAAUACUAGAAGCAGCUUUUCCUUCUUUGAGUCUUAGAGUGCAUCUGUCUCCCAGGAAAUGUCAUUCCCUGGCAUCUGCUUGCCCUCCUGAGUCUGCCCUUUUUGCACUGAACAUAAUAAGCACUUUAUAUAAAUAGGUUGGAAAUCUUGCAGCCCUUAAUUUGGGAUGUGAAGACCAGAUCUUCCUGACUUUUUCCUCUAACUAGUUGCACUAUAAAAUAGGCAACCAUUGACUAGACUGACAUAAGAUCAGGUAUUGAGCAUCAUGCUGUGGCCUCCAACAAAAAACAAACUAGUGUACAUGUUGAAGGGUUGAGUGAUUUACUACAAGCAGCCACAAUAAAGUGUCCUACAAGUUC